GGCUGCCGUGCGAUCAGACAGUCGCGUUCGACCUGCUGGUAAGAUUGCGACCUUUCGAGUCGUUCCUACCGCCGACCAGCUCCGAGAUGCCUGAUUCGCAGCCAGAGUAUUUUUCACCGGGAAUAAUACAUUCAGAUACUCGACCAGGACUGCGUUUGAAUCCCUCAGAGUGCUCGAUGUCUGCGUCCCGCCCCAAGAUUGCCAUUCCAAGAGUGUCCCAGCUUCAGUCCUACGGCAAUCGACGCGUCAAACGAGCUUGUGUCGAGUGUAGACAGCAGAAGGCGAAAUGCAAUGGACAUCAGCCGUGCAACCGGUGCACCAACUUGGGAUCAUUCUGCGCCUACGCCAAGGGAAAGAGAGAGACGAUAGAGAAACGGCUACAGGACCUGGAGAAACAGGUUCAAGCUUACAAUUGGCUUCUGAAAGAGAUACAACCACGUGCGGAGAGCCGAGACCGAGAUCUCAUCGCCAGGACAAGGGCCCAAUAUUCUGGCCUUGAUCCAGACGAUCCGCACUCUGACGAUACGACCCAUGAUUCCACCCCUGGCUCCACCCUCGUUCAUACCCGCUCCUUCGGUAUUGAGUAUAUUGAGGAAGAUUUCCAUAAGGACAAAGGGUUGCAGGCAAUCGGAUACAUGGGCGGGCCGUCGGAGAUGUCGUGGAUUAAUGAGCUAUAUCAGGCUCUGGACAAAGACACGCCCUUUCUCGACACCGAAGGAUCGAAUAAGCCUCAGUCCUUGACAUCCGUCUGUUAUUUCCUUGAUGAUGAAGAGCUGGUUCUCGAUGCGAGCAUUGACCCUCACGGCCGACCCCCGCGUCAAGUCGCCGAUAAACUGCUGGAUUGCUAUUUCUUCAGUGUUCAUCCCUCUUUUCCCAUCAUAGCCAAAAUUCCCUUCAUGCAGCAGUAUGAAAUGUAUUACACACGAUCUGAUUUGUCACCAAACAAACGGUGGCUCACAAUUAUGAAUCUGGUGUUUGCAUUGGGCGCUAAGUUUGCGCAGUUAGUCUCAAAGCCAUGGGCGUCCGAGGCCGACACUCCGAUGACUUGCUUCACCAGGGCCCGGAAGCUGAGCUUCAGCGAAAACCAGCUCCUGGAACACCCAAACCUUCAGCAGGUCCAAGUCGAAGGUCUGACGGCAUUUUUCCUGAUGGCCAUAGGUCAUAUAAACCGGUCUUGGAAGGCCUGCGGCGUUGCAAUUCGGUCGGCCAUCGCUUUGGGGAUCAAUCUACGCAGUGAGAGCAAGGAGACGUCAGACAUCUCUAAAGAGAUAAGAUACCGUGUGUGGUGGUCCCUCUACACCGUCGAAAACACUCUAUCAAUUAUGACAGGCAGGCCCACGAGCACACCAGACAACUUCAGCACCACACCACUGCCCAUUCCUUUCAGUGAAGAGAGAUUCCGCGAGCCGGUGGCCUUGCGAUUACUCACAAGCUUUAGUGCCCGUGCACACUAUAUGAAAGGGUUGAUUUCCGAGCGGCGAGUCAUUUCCGCUGCCUUGGAUUCGCCGGGCUUGAGGCACCCGAUCCUCGGGCCCAACUCGCUGCACAUCGCGAUGGACAUCCCGCCCAGCGACUCUUUCUACUUCUUCUACUUUGUCGACCUGACCUUGAUCAUGCGGCGCGCCAUUGACUCACUCUACAGCCCCGAAUUCGCUCGACGGCCGUGGCACACCAUCAGCGCCGCGAUCAUGGAUUUGGUGAAGGAAACGGAUGAGUGGCUGAGUAGUGUGCCGUCCAUUUUCCAAUUCAAAACCCACCAUGCAUCCACCGAUUUUGAGCGCCAGCGAUGGAGUUUGGCGUUCCGGUUCUACAGCUUGCGCAUUACCCUCAGUAGACCGUCGCUCUGUCGGUCGGAGCGACAACGUGCGCCCAACGAAGCGUCGGCCCUGAGUCAGCAACGGAUUGCCAGAAUCUGCAUCGACUCUGCGUGCCAGUUACUGGAUCUUUUGCCCGAUAGACCGGAUGCCCUCUGGCUCAUUCAAGUCUCACCAUGGUGGUGUGUACUCCAUUAUCUCAUGCAGUCAGUCACCGUGCUGCUGAUUGAGAUGGAGUUCCGUGCGCGGUUCCGUACGGACGGGGCCUCGCUCAUCACGUUGCACCUUGAGAAGGGGCUGGAGUGGCUGCACGGCUUGGGGUCGAUCAGCGUCCCGGCCCAACGGGCGUGGGCUGUCUGCAACAGUAUCUGCAAUCGUCUCUCUUUCGGACCGGGCCCUCAAACCGCCACGCUGUCUGAUAUGCCUAUGCUCUCCCCGGAACGAGAUUCGCAGGGAUCCGGCACGUCCCUGCCCGCACUGUUCUCCGGUUACGACGUUGGUGAAUUAUCGAAUGGCGGCAUCUUCGCGGAGCCAUGCGUGAAGCUGCCACAUAACAUGACGGUCCAUCCGGCCAUAGAAACUCCGUAUGAUGAGAUUAUGGUCUACAAGAAUGCGGAUUAA